AUGACCGACCAGUCCCGCCUCCGAUAUGUCAAGCACAGGCCCCGUGUCUUCAUCGUGUCCGACAUAUCCAACGAACCCGACGAUGCACAGUCGAUGGUGCGGUUGUUGACAUAUGCCAACGAGCUCGACAUCCAGGGUCUUGUCGCCUGCACCUCGUGCUGGAUGCGCACACGCGUGCACCCAGAGGACAUGCACUCCAUCGUCAGCGCCUAUGCCAGGGUCGUCGACAACCUCAACGCCCACGUCCACCCGGCCAAUCCGUACCCGGCCGCAGAAUACCUCGCGUCCAACAUCAAGUCCGGCCCGCCCGUCUACGGCCGCCAGGCCCUCGCCGAGGACUACCCACUCAGCGAGGGCGCCCAGCUCCUCAUCGACCGCGCCGACGCCUCUGACCAGCCUCUCUGGGUUCUCUCCUGGGGUGGCGUCAACGUGCUCGCCCAGGCUCUCAAGCACGUCCAGGAGACCCGCCCCGUGGCCGCGGCGCAGGCGUUCCGCGCCAAGCUCCGCGUCUACACAAUCAGCGACCAGGACGACUGCGGCGCCUGGAUCCGCGUCACCUUCCCGGAUGUCCUGUACAUCUGCUCCCUCCACGCCUGGGGCGAGUACGGCAACGCCACCUGGACCGGCAUCUCCGGCGACCUGCUCAUGAAGUCGCUCGAUGCGGGCGGGCCGGACACGUCGCUCGUGUCCAAGGAAUGGCUGGCCACCAACAUCCAGCAGAGCGGCAGCCCGCUGGGCGCCGUGUACCCAGACGUCUCGUUCAUCAUGGAGGGAGAUACUCCAACCUUCCUGUACCUCAUCCCGAACGGGCUCGGCGUGCCCGAGCAGCCGUCCUGGGGCUCCUGGGGCGGCCGGUACGGCCUGGUCGACCUGGGCGGGUCCUCGAGGCACUAUGCGGACACCCGGGACGCCGUGGUCGGCAAGGACGGCGCGACACACCUGUCUGGCAAGGCGUCCAUCUGGCGCUGGCGCGAGGCGUACCAGAACGAUUUUGCGGCGCGCAUGCGCUGGACGCUGUCCCCGGAGCGGAGCGGCGUGAACCACGCCCCCGUCGUCAGCGUCAACGACAGCGGACCCGGCGCCGAGGCUUACUACAUCGACGCCGAGGCCGGGAGCGAGGUGAUUCUCGACGCCUCUGCGUCAUACGACCCCGACGAAGAGGACCGGCUCGAGUUUGCGUGGUACCAUUACAAGGAGCCCACGACCACCGGAUCCUUGGUGCACUGGCCGGCGGUGCCGGACGUCGAGUUCGUGCCGACACUGGCCGCAGCCGCGGGCGCCGGUGCUAUCGUCAAAGUCACCAUCCCGCCCCCCGAGAAGUGCGCAGUAGACAUCCUCACCGGCCAGCCGCUACCAAAGGGCCAGGUCCUGCACUUUAUCCUGAGCGUCCGGGACGACGGCACGCCCAGGCUAACGACGUACAAGCGCGUCGUGGUGCAGGUGACCAACCACCAGGGCCGCGGCGGCCGGGACCUGGGCGGCAAGGUAUUUGACACGGUGACCGAGGCCAUGGGCCACUCAACGGGCCAGGAGACGCUUGCAGCGACGGGCCAGUGA